CCUGGACAAGUUUUCGGGUUUUAGGGUUUCAUGGCCAUCUUCGUCAAGCUGACCUCCAAUUUGUUGCGCACCACCGUAGAAUCUGUGGGAUCGCGCGGCUGCUCAUGGAUUAUUGACGUCCUACGGGGUAGAGUUUUGUUGUCAUCGUCGUCGUCGUCGUCUUCACACAGGGUUUUCAGGUCAGGAGGAGGGAAGGAUGCCUCUCUUAGCGCACAGCUUCGGCGAGGAAGGGGCGAAGACCCACUACGACGUGCUCAAUGUGUCACCUUCCUCCAGCCUUGAAGAAAUUCGUGCGUCUUAUCGAACUGCGCUUCUAUCCGUGCAUCCUGACAAAAUGGGCUCUCAAUCGCUGCUGUACCCUAAUUUGGAAGCGGACGUUAGAGAUGCUUCUCGCUAUCUUCGAGUGCAGGAAGCGUGGAACAUCCUGCGCGAUGCAGAUUCCAGGGCUCUCUAUGACGCUUCAGUGAAACAUUCUCGAGAAAUGGCUAGUAAACGCGACUUGAGUGUUGUGGUCGGCGAGGAAAUUGUACUGGAAGAGAUGGAAGAGUGCAUGAGCGAGACUGGUAACUUGGAGUAUUGGUACCCGUGCAGGUGUAGUGACUUUUUCGUAGUUAGUGCAAAAGAGCUCCAGGAGGCUGGUUUAGUUUUUGUUGCAACGGAAGAAGAAUCAAUGUCAUUGAGGCCAUCGGAAGAAUGUGAUGAUGCCAGAAGCUGUGACGGAAUCCAUCCAGGCAGACAGCGGCAAUCGAUUGUGCUGCCUUGUGGAUCUUGUUCCUUACAUCUUCGUGUCCACUUCUGGUUGACUUGCCCUUGAUUAUUUUUUGGGGUGUUGAUUCCUGCAUGGACAUGAGUGGCCAAUUCAGAAGUUUGGGAUAUGUCAACAAAAUUGCGGUUGUCAAAAGAAUGUAGUAAAGUAGUUUCGGAAGGAACUAAGGAGAGAACUGAAUCUGCGACCAGGCAAACAUCACCUGCGUUGACCCGAUUGAUGAAGUUGAGGUUGUUUUGCUCCAUAUCAAGCAGCAUGUUUGUGGCAUGGACGCAAUUUAUGAUCGAAGAUGAUAUAUGUAUUCUUCAAGGUUGAUACUUGUUGAAGUUCAUGCCCCGUUAAGCCUAAGUGGGUGGACCAUCAUGUUGUUUUCGUCUUUUUAAAGAUGGUUAACGGGCGUAUCCUUAUUACUACCUACCAAGAUUCGAUUUUAUGACUUAAACUUUCAUGAAGAAAAAUACGUAACGUCACAUUCAUGUUCUUAUGAAUGUGACGGCUCCUUCAAAUCUUUUGGCAUUACUGGUUCCCAUAUCAAUAGCCGGCGGUUGUUGGUUUUUUUGUCAUUUUAUUUCCUCUUAGAAGUUGUGGAACCUAUUCGAUGGUUGUAUCACUUGUAUUCGCUGAUAGAAUAAUAUCACGAACCUUUUACUACCUGUGUAAGUAGGUGAUAAGUAGUAGGUGAUUAUUCAAAGGUGCUCUGAAAGAUCACGAAAGUUGGAAACUAUUAUAAUAAAUGUGUUUGUUCACAUCCGUUUCAAACUCA